AAUAGUAGUAUCAACUAGUUAAAGACAUCUUAUUCAUAUCUUUCUUCACCCCACCCACAUCUUCAAUGUCACAGUCGCACCCUAACAAACUAACAUCUAGAUACAAAUAUAUUUAAUCAAUUUCUAAAUCCCAAUAAGUCAAUAACAAUAAUAAUCAUAAUAAUAUAAAUCAAAUAAAUAAAUACAUAACAAAAUAAACAGCCUCAUUCCAGCAACAACAGCAGCAGAACACCUCAUUUCUAUCUUGGUUUCUUUCUCCGUCAAUUCUGAUAAACACAAUUAACAAGAACAGUCACUCUGUUAACCAUCAAGUUCAUCUUCACCUUCACCACCAUGGAUAGGUUAGUAAAAGCAGAGGUAAAAGAACUGGAACUUCACUUUCAGAAAAACCAAAAGUGCAGUUCCACUUUCAAGCUCACAAAUCUCAUGCACACCAUGACUGUUGCAGUUUCUCUAACAACAACAAAUCCAUCAGCUUUCUCUAUCAACAAACCACUAUCAGUAAUUCCGCCACUCUCUUCUGCAUCAUACGUACUUCAUCUCUCAAAUCUUAAUCAACCACCUCUCUCUGACUCCGCUGACGUCAUCACCGUUAAAACUUCCAUGCUUCCAACCGGUAAGGCCAACACGGAGGACCUCCGCCGUCUGUUUAACAAACCUGGUCCCCACGUUUUCCGGGAUGCGGUUAUAACCGUCGCCUUGGUGGGACCCAGCGUGGCUGAGUUUAUCAUCUCAAAGUAUGAUUAUGCAGCUCAAACUCGUAGCCUCUUCACGAAAGGUAUAUCCGUUUGCGCGAAAGCAGAUCUCACGAGUUUGUUGAAACCUGCGGUUGAAAGCGGGAGCGUCGACUACGUCGCGGAUCUUAUCGCCGCCGGAGGAGAUGCGAGUUUUGAAGAUUUGAAAGGUCGGUCGCUUAUUCCAUUGGCAAUCAGAACCGGGAAACUCGACGUUCUGAAGCUUCUAGUAGCUUCCGGUUGCAGAAUCAACGAUUCCGUGGAUUUUGUUUUGCACGAAGCUGCAGUUUUGAAUCGAAUCGACGUUGUGAAGUUUUUGUUUGAUUACUUCGGCGACGAACUGGAUGUGAAUUCGAUGAACACCGAAUCGAAGACGCCGAUUCAUAUGGCGGCGAUGGAAGGGCACGUGAGCGUGAUUGAAUUUUUCGUUUCGGUUGGAGGAAACCCUAACGCCGUGGAUUCUCAAAAGUGGACCCCACUUCAUCACGCAGCGUCGAGAUGCCACUUGAAAGCGGUGGAGUUUUUACUGGAACAGUCCGACGUGAAAUACGCAAGAGACAUAAACGGGAAAACGCCGUUUGAAAUUGCGGGGGAGAGUGGACACACGCGCUUGUUCGGUUUACUGCGUUAUGGCGACGCGCUUCUUCGUGCGGCGAGGGUUGAUAAUGUACACGCGCUUAAGAAGUGUUUGGGGGAAGGAGCGGAAGUGAAUAGAAAGGAUCAGAAUGGGUGGACCCCACUGCAUUGGGCUUCAUUCAAAGGUAGAAUAAAAAGUGUUAAGGUUUUGUUGGAACAUGGUGCUGAGGUUGAUUGUGUUGAUGAUGCUGGUUACACUCCUUUGCAUUGUGCUGCUGAAGCAGGACAUUUGCAAGUUGCUUUGGUUUUGAUUGCUCAUGGUGGAUGUCAAACUAAUCUCAAGACAUUUCAGCAUGUUUCUCCAUUGGGUUCUUUUAAAAAACAUGUCUCUCUUGAUUACUAUAAUAAAAAAUCUGAGACUAUUGCUUGAGUAUUUAGUGAUGUAUAUUUGUGUUUUGUACUGUAUAUUGGAUGUAUUUUGUACAUACUAGGUUUCUUAGGAGCUCUUGUAUCGUAGGCUCAGUUUUUUCAGGUGAAGUGCCUAAUAGGCAGCUUGUUUUUGCCUGCAUUAUGUUUCUGGCUUCAACACCAAGCUGGGUAAACUUAUUUUUGUUUUCAGAAAUUUGUGCAAUCCCUAAUGAGUGUUUUUUUGGGGAUAAGAAUAUGAGUUAUCGGUCA